AUGUCGCGUGGAAAGAAGGCUACCGCCUCGACUCGUGCCGUCAAGAAGAAUGCCACUGGUGGCCAUUCUGGACAGGCCACGCCCGUGGGCUCGGCAGCGUCAAAGUCGGCCAAGAGCUCAAAGUCAAAGUCGUCGACGAGCAAGCCAUCAAGCAGGCCGACGUCGGCCGCAGGCAAGUCGUCCGAGUCGCGCAAGGAAAAGUCGCUGGGUAAGCUUUGCUCGCGUUUUGUCUCGAUGUGCGAGGAGCUCGACUCGGACAUCGUCGAGCUGCUUGAGGCGACCAAGACGCUGGGUGUCGAGCGCCGGCGCAUCUACGACGUUGUCAAUGUACUCGAGGCCCUGACCGUCAUUGAGCGACUCGGCAAGGCACAGUACUACUUUCACGGCAUGUCCGCCCUCCGCGGCCUUGUCGAGCGGCUCAAGAUCGAGAUCAACGCCGGGUACUGGGUUGGCAUCGUCCCGCCGGCCCUCCGCCCACCGCCUGGGCCUUCGGGUAAGCAGGCCGAGCCGCGCAAGCUCCGCCUCCUCUCGCAGCUCACCCGCCAGUUCCUCAAGUUUGUUGUUGCCUCCUCGGACCAUUCCAUCAGGCUCGAGGCCGCCGCCGAUCAGCUGCUCCGGAUGGAGGGCUGCGACGAGACCAUGGCGCGCGAGCGCCGCAAUAAGCUCCGCCGUAUGUACGACAUUGCCAACGUGCUCGAAGCUCUUGGCCUCGUCAAGAAAUCGUUCCGCGGCGGCUCCUCGGCCCGCAAGAUGUACACUUGGGCCUCGUUUGAACUCGCCGACAUUGGCCCUCCCCUCGACAUCGACGCCGGCCUGGCCGCGGUCAUCGAGGGUGUGGCCGGCGCCGCCCGCAUGCCGCCGUCCGCCACCCUCCCCAAGAUCUCGCCGGCGCUCCGCGGCGUCACCCCGCGUUCGCGCUCUGCGCGCGAAAACACCUCGUUUGUGCCUAUCGGCGGCACUCCGCCGGUCACCUCGCCGUCCUCGCCCUCGCUGCCAGAGGUCGAAACUGGCUCGACCAUGUCGUACCAUGCCCUGCUCUCGCUCAUGGGCUCCAAGUCAGCACCGGCAGCCACCGAGUCGCAACCUCCACAGGCCGGCGGCAUCAACCCCGGCCCCAGCCUCGCGCGUACUCUCGAGUCGGCGCACUACCUCGCCCGCGUCAUGCGCGUUAUGAACGCCGCCUCGCUCGAGGUUCCCGCCAUGCUUAAGACCUACGUCGACCGAGUCCUCGACGCCCAGACCGAGCUGAACAUGGCGUGCGUCGAGCCGUUCUCCGUCCCGGUCCCGGUCCCGAACACGCUGUCCACUGCUGCGCCGACACCUGCGCCUGCGCCUGCACCUGCACCUGCACCUGCACCUGCUGCCGCAUCCGCGCCCGCGCCCGCGCCCGCGCCCGCGCCUGUAUCUGGUACUCCGCCAGCCUCGCAGCCGACCAAGGUCAUCGUUGCAGCUGGCACCCCGGCGGCCCGCCGCCCGGCGGCGCAGGUGGCGGCCUCGUCAUCCUCGGCCUUUUCUCCGUUUACCAACUCUGCGCCGGAAGCUGCGUCCGCCCCCACAACCGCUCCGCGCCGCGUUGCCCGCUCCUUGGACACCACGCCCGCCAACGAGCCAUCGCCAGCCGUCGCUCCGGCGGUGGCGACCGCGCCCACCUCGCCAGCAGCGACCGCAGUUCCUGCGGCCUCGCCGGCGGCGCGGUCGGCGUCCGCCACGCCCUCGCGCAAGCGCCCGCGUUCGGCCCAGGCGACAGUCGCCAGCGAAGGCGCCGGCUCGCCGCACGACCUGCUCCCCGGCUCGCCGCAUACACCACCCAACAAGCGCCAGCGGAUGCUCGAGGCGCCUGCAUUUACCAGCAGCCCCUCAUCGUACGAGGCCGGCACUGGCCCACAGGCCUUCCGCUCACCCACCGCCGCCGGAUCGACCACCCCGCGGAGCCUCUCCUUCUCGCGCGUCGACGUCCUCACCACCACACCUGUCAAGCCGCACGACCCGUCCAUCUUUGACGAAGUCGAGGUCCUCGAGGUUGCCUUUGAUCCGUAG